AUGGCUUCGGCGGCCGCCAGUCCCCCCGAGGUGGUCCGCGCGGCCCAGAAGGACGACUACUACCGCGGCGGGCUGCGGAGCGCGGCGGGCAGCGCCCUGCACAGCCUGGCGGGCGCCAAGAAGUGGCUGGAGUGGAGGAAGGAGCUCGAGCUGCUGUCGGACGUGGCCUACUUCGGCCUCACCACACUUGCAGGCUACCAGACCCUCGGCGAGGAGUACGUGGGGCUCGUGCAGGUGGGCCCGACCCGGAGCCAGGUGCCCCAGGGGCUGCGCCGCGGCGUGCUGGUGGCGCUGCACACGGUCCUGCCCUACGUGCUGGACAAGGCGCUGCUCCACCUGGAGCAGGAGCUGCAGGCCGACGGCAACGGCGCCCGCCCGGCUCCCGGCGCCUCCAGGGGCCGGUCGGGAGCCCGGCGCUGGGUGCACAGGCAGGUGGCGGCCCUGCCGGAGCCGCAGAGGAAGGCGCUGCUGCGGGCCGCGCUGGUGCUCAGGCAGGGCCUGGGCUGCCUCCACCGGCUGCACGUCGCCUGGUUCUACAUCCACGGUGCCUUCUACCACCUGGCCAAGCGGCUCACGGGCGUCACCUACCUCCGCCUGCGCCGCCCGCCGGCGGCGGACCUGCGGCCCAGGGCGAGCUACCGGCUGCUGGGCCUGGUCUCCCUGCUGCACCUGGCGCUGUCCCUGGGGCUGCAGCUGUACGGCUUCCGGCAGAGGCAGCGCGCCCAGCGCGAGUGGAAGCUGCACCGCAGGAUGUCUCGCCGCAGGAGCCUCACGGAGGAGAAAGCCGUGUCCCGGAACUCGCUGUGCACCCUGUGCCUGGAGGAGCGCAGGCACUCGACGGCCACGCCCUGCGGCCACCUGUUCUGCUGGGAGUGCAUCACCCAGUGGUGCGACACCAAGACGGAGUGUCCCCUGUGCAGGGAGAGGUUCCCUCCCCAGAAGCUGGUCUACCUGCGGCACUUCCGGUGA